AUGGCUGAUGUUUUAGCUAAGGACCGCAAAAUCCUGGUAGCCGUGGAUGAAGGGGAGGAGAGCAUGUACGCUCUCUCAUGGUGCCUCAAGAACAUCAUUUCUCAAUGUUGCAAAGAUACCCUUUUCCUCCUUUACGUUAGAUCUGCACAAGCUUUUCACUCUUCGCUCGAUGGCACAGGGUAUUUGUUUUCUUCUGAUGUUUUGGCCACCGUGGACAAGUACAGCAACGAUGUGGCGAAUUGUAUCAUCGAAAAGGCCAAAAGGAUGUGCAGAGAGAAAGGUGAUGAUGAGGUUAAAGUAGAGGUGAUAAUAGAGAGUGGUGAUCCAAGGGACGUGAUUUGCCGGGUUGCCGAGAAUAUCAAUGCUGACGUUCUUGUUAUGGGAAGCCAUGGCUAUGGCCUUAUUCAGAGGGCAUUCUUGGGGAGUGUAAGCAAUCACUGUGCACAGAAUGUGAAGUGCCCUGUUUUGAUUGUGAAGAAGCCCAAAUCUUCCUCCUCUGCAACUGGAACCAAAUGAUUGGAA